AAAAACACCAGAACUCCAUACUUUAGAUUAACCCAGUACGUCUUAUCAGAGCUUGUCACACAUUCGAUAAUGUUGAUAGGAGUUUUAAAUAGUUUAAACAGUACCCACAUACUCCAGACGGUUUUAUUCUCUUGCCCACUUAAUUGCUAGUAGUGCUGUGGUCGAUAUGAUGAAAUUAUUAUCAUUGGAGGUACGUGGUCAUAGCCGGAACGGUAGUGACGCCAGUCAAUUCAUAGAAGCCACAAAACGGGACGCUCUUAACCGUUUACAAAAAGAAUUAGACAAAGUCCUACAAUCCAGCGCUACAGAUAAACGUACAGACAUUAAAAAACAAUUUGAUGGAUUCACAAAGUUAUUCACGAGGUUUCUGGAUGAAACUGGACCGUCAGUUCUCUGGGAUAAAAUCGAAAAAUUACCAGAAGACGCAGUUAGAAAUUAUCAAACGUUGGAAACUCCUACUGCCAAUUUAGUACACGAUAUGUUGGGGAAACUGGUGGUUGUGAAGUUGAAUGGUGGUUUGGGCACAUCUAUGGGUUGUCAUGGUCCUAAAUCUAUAAUAACCGUUAGAAAUGAUCUUACAUUUUUGGAUUUAACCGUGCAACAAAUUGAGAAUCUCAAUAAAACUUACAAUGUCAACGUACCUCUAGUUUUGAUGAACUCCUUCAACACCGACGAAGACACAGAAAAGAUAAUACGCAAAUACAAAAACAUCCAAAUAGAAAUUCACACUUUCAAUCAAUCGUGUUACCCACGUAUCAACAGAGAUUCCCUACUUCCAAUCGCCAAAAACUCCGAUCUACACAACAACAUGGAAGCCUGGUAUCCACCAGGUCACGGUGAUUUCUAUGAAAGUUUCCGCAAUUCCGGUUUAUUGGAUAGAUUCUUGAAAGAAGGCAGGGAAUAUUGUUUCAUAUCGAACAUCGAUAAUUUAGGGGCCACAGUCGAUUUAAACAUACUCAAUUUAUUGUUGAAUCCGGAUCAAGAAAAAAACGCCCAGCACGAAUUCGUUAUGGAAGUCACAGAUAAAACUAGAGCUGAUGUUAAGGGUGGUACUUUGAUACAGUAUGAAGGCAAAUUGAGGCUCCUCGAAAUAGCGCAAGUACCAAAAGAACACGUAGACGAAUUCAAAUCAGUCAAGACGUUCAAAUUUUUCAAUACCAACAACUUAUGGGCCAAAUUAGAUGCUAUCGAUAGAGUAUUGAAAAACGAUUUACUUAGUAUGGAAAUAAUCGUUAAUAACAAAACUCUGGAUAAAGGUCAGAACGUUAUACAAUUAGAAACCGCCGUCGGGGCGGCUAUGAAAUCGUUCGAAGGCGGUAUUGGUAUCAACGUACCAAGAAGUAGAUUUUUACCAGUCAAAAAAACUUCGGAUUUAUUCUUAGUUAUGAGUAACUUGUAUAGUUUGAAGAACGGUUCGUUGACCAUGUCGCCUCAGAGGAUGUUCCCCACUACUCCCCUAGUCAAAUUGGGGGACAAUCAUUUUUCGAAAGUUAAGGAAUUUUUGUCAAGGUUUGCUAAUAUUCCGGAUAUUUUGGAAUUGGAUCAUUUGACUGUAUCCGGAGAUGUGACGUUCGGUAGAAGCGUUUCUUUGAGGGGCACCGUAAUUAUAAUCGCCAAUCAUGGGGACAGAAUAGACAUACCUUCGGGUGCUAUUUUAGAAAACAAGAUCGUAUCUGGAAAUAUGAGAAUCUUAGAUCAUUAAUGUUGUUUUUUUCUUUUAAAUCUGGUAUUGUACGAGGUGAGAUCGAAUAUUUAUAUUUUUAAAUCGUUCAUAACACAAUCUUUAACAUUUUGAAAUUUUUUUCAAUUUAGAAUGAAAUUUAGUGUCAAUACUAUCCUGGAUUGGUUCAAAUUAGUCACCGGUUAUUUCAACAUGUGUGGGUACAAGAUUUACAUACAAUGGGUACAGCAUAAGUUAUCGUUACUACAAAAAUUUAUCUAUUAUAUUUUUUGAUCACACCUCGUAUGUUUUCGUUAAAAAUUUCGAAAUUAUUUAGUUGAAUGGAAUAGUAAAAAUGAUAUAUCUUCAUAUUAAUAUAUAUAUUUGAAUAUUAUAUUUUGGGAAAAAUUUUUUUGGACACACGUGUAAUCGGUAUUCAAAAAAAUGAAGAAAUUAAUAAUAUAUAUAACUUUAUCGAUAUAAAAAUAUUUAAAUCGACUUAAAACACAAAAUAUAUAA